AUUUGAGUCAGGUUGGGCUUACAUUGAAGGCCGAAAGAUUUCAGAAACAGGCCCAAUGAUAUAAGAAAACCCACCCAAACAAAACCCUAAACGGCUAAGAGUGUGCAUAUAUUUAGGUCUAUAGAGUCCUUUGCUCCCCUGUCGCCGCAACAAAAAGAGAAACGCAAUAGGCUUCUUGUAACUAACUCUUCACUGCAACAUGACUUUCAAGCGCAGGAACGGUGGCAGGAACAAGCACAACCGUGGUCAUGUGAAGCCCAUCAGGUGUUCCAACUGCGGGAAAUGCUGUCCCAAGGAUAAGGCUAUCAAGAGGUUCAUCGUCAGGAACAUCGUUGAGCAGGCUGCCAUCAGAGAUGUCCAAGAAGCCAGUGUCUACGAUGGAUACACUCUUCCCAAGUUGUACGCUAAGACGCAGUACUGUGUCUCAUGUGCUAUCCACUCUCACGUUGUGAGAGUUCGUUCUCGUACCAACCGUAGGGUUCGUACCCCACCCCCACGUUUCGUCAGACGCAAGGAGGAUGCACCCAAGCCUGGACAACCUGGUCAGGCCCCUCGCCCUGCUGGUGGUGCCCCUGCUGCUGCUCGUGCUUAAAGACUGCGAGAAGCUGGCAACUCAAAAAUCUUUAUAUUCUAGUUUCAGUCUCAGGGUUGUCUAGAAUUUUUGAAGAUGUUUUCUACCUUUUGUUAAAGAUAAUUUUGUUUUGGAGCUUUGAAUGCUUUGAGACUAUUUAUCAGUUUGUUUUUGUCAUUUGGCGUUUCCUCUUUUUUGUUCAAGCAAAUCAAUUAUUUCUAGAA